AUGGCCGCGGCGCCCGCCAGCGUGAGGGUCUCGGGCCCUCCCAACAGCAACUUCCUCGUCGGCUAUCCUGGCAUCUCGGCGACGCUCCCGCGCAUCGAAGGCAAAGUCGAGAUCCGGCCCGGCCAAGGAUACUCCAUGCCUGUUCCCAUCUCCUUGGUCCGCGUGUGCCUGCAGCGCCGCGAGACGAUACACCCCGACGCCGACAGCCUCACCAAGCGCCACCUCGGCACCCCGCGACGGGAGACGACGGAUGUGGUCGGCAAGGAGGUCCUGCUCUUCCGAUGCUCCACCGGCAAGGAGGCCGAGAGCGUCAUGGCCAUGGACCUGCCCUUUGUCCUCUUCAUCCCCUUCGGGAGGGGCGGCGAGGAGACGAAUCGACGAAUCCCCCCGGCCUCGCUCCAGCUGCCGAGCAGGACGGCCGAGACGUACUACGAGCUCGUCGUGACGGUCCAGCAGGGCCACAGCAGCCAGUUCAAGCACAGCUUCCCCAUGCCGCUGCAACGAUACGACACCCUGUCGACCUUUGGCAUGUACAACAAGCCGGAGACGAAGCUCGUCACCACCGACAACAUCGUCCACCUCGGCAUCAACCUGCCGCGCUGGAGCUUCGGCCCGAACGACCCCAUCGCCGUCUACAUCAAGCUGUCGCCCAACGCCGACUGGAUGAGCAAGGCCAAGCGGGUGUCGAUCGAGAAGAUUACGCUGACGAUCGAGGAGGAGAUCACCUACAACCCCGAAGGAGACGAACCGACCAAGAGGGUCAACAAGCUGUCGAAGCAGGUCCAGGUCGUCAAGAUGAAGAUGCCCGAAGCCGGCUACGCCACCAACAUCGGCCUCGUCUUUCCCUCGAAAGAUCUGAGAGACCCCGAGGGCAUCGUGAGAAGAGGCAAGCCGGCGUUUCCCCAGUACGAGGUCGUCACGUUUACGACGACGUCGAGCCUGUACAAGAUUGAGUUUUACGUCAGCAUCAAGGUUCAACUGAGUGGCGCUCGCGAUGUCACCCUGAGACAACCAAUCGUCAUCUGCCCUCUCGACCAACAAGGGUGCAAGGAGGAAAUGGACGCCAUCGAGCAGGCGGCCAAGGACGCGGCCCUCGUCGACCCGAACAACCCCAUGCUUCCCGCCCGCAGCAUCAUCCUCGCCAGCGAUCGCGACUCGUUGCGGGCUCUCGGCCUGUGCCUCGUGGGGGGACAGAAGAAACCGUACAUCGACUGA